GGUCGGUCCUGUGCCUGUAGCCGUGGAGCUGCUCUCUAACCCGCUUCCACUCCGACACCAGAGAGACGAACCGUCCGCCUCACGCUGACCGCGGCCGCUGGGAAUGACCGGGGAAUGAGCCAGAAAGGCGGCGGGGCUUCCUAGACGCGGACGCUGGAUUCCUGGGAGGUUUUCUCGCUGGCUAACCUGUCUGUCCUCCGCAGCGGCCUGAUGGAGCUGUGGACUCGACACCUGCUGUGGACCAAGGAGCUUCAUCCAGGCUGGCUUCCAAGCAGACGGCUGUAGAGGGCGGGAGCCUUCACUACCCUUCAGUUCUUUGCUCUCCGCCUCUUUCCCUAAGCGGCCCCUGAAGGUGCUAUCGUCGUGUCAGAGAUCUGAGUUAUGAUCGGAAAGCUGAAACACAACCUGCUGCUGGCCUGUCUGGUCAUGAGCUCCGUCACCGUCUUCUACCUUGGCAGGCAUGCCAUGGAGUGUCACCAUCAUUUUGAGGAGCGCAGCCACCCAGUCCUGCCUCUGUCCACGCUGCGGACGGGCCACAACCUCAGCACACCUUUCGUCUACAGCAAAGACAUGCCGCUGAUCUUCAUAGGCGGCGUGCCGCGGAGCGGGACCACGCUGAUGAGGGCCAUGCUGGAUGCGCACCCCGAGGUGCGCUGCGGGGAGGAGACUCGCGUCAUCCCGCGUAUCCUGGCCAUGAAGCAGAUGUGGAGCCGUUCGGGGCGGGAGAAGAUGCGGCUGGAUGAGGCGGGUGUGACGGACGAGGUGCUGGACGCCGCCAUGCAGGCCUUCCUGCUGGAGAUCAUCGUCAAACACGGCGAGCCGGCCAGGUUCCUUUGCAAUAAGGACCCCUUUGCGCUCAAGUCGCUGUCCUACCUGGCCAAGAUUUUUCCACGUGCCAAGUUUGUGCUGAUGAUUCGUGACGGGAGGGCGUCGGUUCAUUCCAUGAUCUCCCGGAAGGUGACCAUUGCAGGCUUUGACCUGGGCAGCUACCGGGACUGCCUGACCAAGUGGAACCGAGCCAUAGAAACCAUGUACACUCAGUGCUUGGAGGCGGCCGACAAAUGCCUGCCCGUGCACUAUGAACAGCUGGUCCUCCAUCCUGAAAAAUGGAUGCGGACGCUGCUGAAAUUUCUGGACGUUCCGUGGAAUGACGCCGUCCUUCGCCACGAGGAGCUCAUUGGGAAAGCAGGAGGAGUUUCCCUUUCCAAGGUGGAGCGCUCCACAGACCAGGUCAUUAAGCCGGUGAAUGUAGAGGCCUUGUCCAAAUGGGUGGGGAAGAUUCCAGCGGACGUGGUGAGGGACAUGGCCGCCAUCGCCCCCAUGCUGUCUAGGCUGGGCUACGAUCCACACGCCAACCCCCCCAACUACGGUCAGCCCGACCCCCACGUGUUGGACAACACCCGGAGGGUCUAUAAAGGGGAAUUUCAGCUCCCAGAAUUCCUGAAGGAGCAAUCUCAGAUCCAGAAAUCUGUAGAAAAGCCCAAACCGCUUUAGAAGCAGAGGAACGAUUUGCACCGACGCACAAAGGACCCAGCAGAGCGGCGGCUCAGACGUCUUUGAGCGCCGUCAGCACAACGCUCCUCUUCUUCCUCCUGUGGGCUGCUCUCCCUCCUCUUCCUCAGGAGGACCCCCGGCCUUUAAUGUUGUACCUUAACGUGAGGAACGGCGCCGUUUCUCAGCACCACUGAAUGUCUGCUGAUGUCAUCAUGUGUCACACCAAUCAUGGCGUUUGUAGGAGCGACUUCUGGAUGUUUAGAGAAAAACACACAAACUGUGAUUCUGUUGUAAGAAACUACAGUGAACUGAAAUCAACCAGUAUUUAUGAACAGGAGAACUUUUUGAAGCUGCAAUAUCUAUUUUAAUGUUUUUGUUUUUCCUGCCCUUUUAUUGUGCAAUGCCAUGGGUACUGUUUAGUUCAAUGUAUCAAGGCGAUAAAUUAUGCUUUUUAAGAAAAUA